GGAUGUGUCCUGUCGUGUCCAGAUCGUGCAUUGCCUUGCCAGCCUGUUUUUCCCCCACGGGUACCACAGACACAACGGCUUCUUCAGUGAGCAUGAUGCCCAGUGGCAGUAAGAUUUUCACCACCAUGCCUGAUAUUCUCUUCAUUCCAGAGUUUGUGUUUGGUGGAUUGGUGUGGACACUAGUGACCUCCACCAAAGUGGAACCAGCAAAUCCUCAGGGCUGGGUCAUGUUUGUGUCACUUUUCUGCUUCCUUAUCACCACUCUCUGGUUCCUCAUAUUUAUUACUGGCAUAAAUCAGAGCAGCAUCUGGCCUAGCUUGGAUGUAGGAUAUCAUGCAUUCAGCCCAUUCUUUUAUCUGAGUGCUGCAGUGCUUUUGGCUAAUGUCACUAUCAGAAAACAAGGAGUGGAUAAAGUGUACCAGCUAGACAUUGCUGCUGUGGUGAUGGCGUUUAUUGUCACAUUACUGUACUGGAUUCAUGCAAUCAUCUCUGCUCACUGAUGGAAGUCCUCACAAAAGGGAAACACUCAUUCAACAGAACAUCACUGCCAAACCCCAGAUGAACCAAAUAACAAAUUACAGAUCAACUGAGAUUUUUAUGAAA